AUGCGUCGAAGCUCUACAAUUCGAGUCGCGUUUUACGUUGUUACUGCCCUGCUGUUGGUGUUUGUGACUUUCCGAGCUUUUGGGAAAGACAAACCAAUCUCGAGCAAAGGUACCGGUAAAUCAGUCUUGGCCCCCGAGCAGCACGCCAAUGCCAAGAACGGCGAGGUCGUUCAGAUUCAGCUAGAGGACAUCAUUGAGGUCCCUGAAAAUGGAGUAGCCUCCCCUGAGAUACUCUAUAAAAACAUCUUGAAUGAGCGUCCGUUUUCCCCCGUGGUUAUUUUCUCCAAGUCCUACUGCGGCUUCUCUAAGGCUGCCAAGAAGCUCUUGUUGGAGGAUUACCAGCUUAGCCCCCCUCCUCGCGUAGUUGAGCUUGAUCUCCACCCACAGGGAAGUGAGCUGCAAGCUUAUAUCUCCGAAGUCACUGGUAGGAGAACCGUGCCUAAUGUAAUUGUGAUGAAGCAGAGCUACGGCGGUGCAAGCGAAAUGAGUGCGCUACAUAACGACGGUGUUCUGGCUGCAAAACUCGCUGAAUGGGGUGGUGGUCACCUCCAGGUAUCUACCAAGUAG